CUGUAUGAUACCCGGCAUCCCCCCUCCUCUGCCACCUAAGGCCCCUACGGGUGCUUCCACUGGGCCGAUACUGCCUCCCCCGGCUCCUCCAGUGCCGAUGCCCCCGCCUCUUACAGCUGCCCCGGGUGCCUUACUUAUGCCUCCCCUCCCUAUGGGGGUGCCUCCGACACCCUCCCCAACAGAAGGGGUCUUCGGAGCUCCAACGACUGGCCAGCUGGUCACCCCUGCUCAGAUGGGAUGGUGUGAGGUGCAAACCUCUGACGGACGAGUAUACUACUUCCAUCCGACCACUAAGGAGUCCACUUGGGAAAAGCCUAGGGACCUUCAGUCAGAAGUAGAGAAGGCUAAUGACACUGAGUGGAAAGAGUAUCACAUAUGGGAUGGCCGCUCUUUCUUCUACAACCCUCGAACGUACGUGUCCUGCUGGGAAGUCCCUCCGGCGGUUCGGAAAGCACGAGGAGCUCUCGAAGGUGGGGUGGACCGUGGCUCUUCGGAUAUGAUGGGAGAGGGUAAUAGUGGUAGUCUGGGGGAAGAGGUGGGAGGUGGUGAAAAGGCUAAUAAAACGGAGAGCGAGAAAAGGGCCGACUUCCGACAAAUGCUCAUUGACAACGGAGUGGACCUAUCGUGGAAGUGGAGUCAAGUAGCAGAUCUCGCCAAGAAGGAUAUGAGGUAUCACGCCCUCCCGACUGUUGCAGAGAAAAAACAAGUUUUCGCAGAGUACCUUCUGCACGCACAGAGACUGGCUCAGCAAAAGGAGCGGGACGAGAAGCGAAUGAUGAUGUACGAGAUGGUGAAGGCGCUACAGCAGUGGAAGGCCAUGACGGAGGAUGCGAAGUAUGAGCAACUUGCUGGGGAUAAGGAGAUGACUGGCAAGGCCUGGUGGGGGAAGUUGACGGAGAGGGAGAGGAUGUCCCUCUUCGAGGCCUUCGCUGAUGACUAUUGUGAAAUUCAGAAGAAGAAUAGACAGGCCCGAGAUGAGAGGAAUAUGCAGUUGUUGAAGAAGGCGUUGAAGGAGAGUGGGAAUGUCACUUAUGAUAUGAGUAUUGCCGACCUUGAGGGGGUGAAGGAAAUAUCUUCGCUGGACUGCUGGAAGCAGCUACAACCGAAUCAACGGGUGACUGUGUGGCGGACAUGUACCGCGGCGGAGACACGGCGAUUGAAGAAUAUGAUGGAUAGUGGUACGAGUACGUAUACCCAUAAGGAGCGUAGGAUGCGGAAGGAGAGGGAGGCUGCGAAGACUCUCACAGGAACAGCAGUGCAGCAGCAGAGUCCGCAGAUUGAUAGUAGAGGAAGGAAGAUCGGGGAGAAAUCCAAACGAUGA